UUAGCAUGGUGAAGUACGUGAAGCGAUCGAUAGCCAUAGGAGCAGUGGCCAUUUCCUUCCUCCUCGGAUUCCCGGCAACAGAAGUCGCGACGAAGUUGCUUGCGCGACUCUGGACACUGUACGGAGCGUACAUCCGCAUGUGGCUAGAGCAGCACACGGCGUUCUUCGUCGUUCUGUGUUUCCUCUGCGCCGCAGUGGUGCUGGUCUACGGCAUCAUACUUCUCCCGUUCCUCCAGCCGAAAAAGCCCUACAAGAUAGACGAAGCUGUUGACGUCAUGCUCCCACUUCAUUCGCUAAAGAACCACUUCAGAAUUAUCUGUGAGAGAGUGGACUUUGCCCAGCUGCUGCCGCAGCUCUAUCAGGACGAGAUCCUGCACUGCGAGGAAGAGAUCGAUAGAAUCCAGAGCGAAUCUUCGCAGCGAUUGAAGACUAUGCGUCUCGUGUUCAUAAUCGAGAAGAAGGGAAAGGUCGGAGUGAAAGGGAUUUAUCGAGAGUCUGGAAAGAGAGACGAGUCAUCUCGGGCAUAAGGACCUGGCCCAAGAACUCAAAAAUGAAUACCCAGAACUAUUCCCAACUCGGACUGAAGACUCAGAGAGGACUGAAGUGGAAGAGGGAGAAUCGUCAUCUUCUGAUGCAGUGAUCGAUACAACACACACAAAGUCCAAACCCAGGCUGCAUUUGGAUUCUGUUAUGGAUGUCACGUACACGUUCAAUAACGACAACGACCCCUGCCAUCAGAAACUCAUCUCCUGGGGUCUUCAAAUUUUCCCUUCUCAAACUCUCAACAACACCCUUUACAUCGCGGCAUGCCUAGUGGGAAAUUUCGAGUUUCCCCCGUAUUACGAGCUCGUCAGUCCUGUUUUCUACUUCUGGUCAAACGAGCCUAUACCGGAUUCAAUCAAGUUUGAUAUGCAGCACUCAGUCGAUGCGAAAACCCGUAAACAAGCCACCUGUUUGAGUUUUGUCUCUGCGGACGAAUCCAACGGACCACCGUUUUGCUUUACUCUCCUCAACAGAGGAGAAUUCAACCCGAGUUCUUCAUCAGGGGUGAUAUCUACGAAACCGCAGGGGCUCCUCGCGAUCGUGAAGAGGAAACUCGGGCGUCUGACCCUGCGGACUGACCCCCAGAUCAAAUACAAGGCUCAGGUCUAUUACACUUGGGACACGCCCAUGGAGUACGAGUGCACCGCCCAUUUUGUCGUCACACCGGCCACAAAGGCAUGGGAUAAGGUCCUCGAGGAGCUUUUCAAGGAGGCCAUUAAAGGAGACAAGAAAGACGUGUCAUUUGUCAAGAGCUCACUCUCAGUUGCCAUUCCGGAUGAGGGCCUGUUUGUGAAGGGAUGGAGCAUCACCUGCACUACUUCAAAGAUGAUCAACUAUGAAACCGUUGGGAAGGCAACCGACCAACUCAUUAUCCCCGAGUGCAAGUUGACCAUAAAGUGGGUGGGAGAGGAAAGAAACGAAGAGCUGCUGCCUUCAGACCUACACUGCAAUAUAAACUUCACUGGCUCGCAUCAGAAGAAGAGCGAGAGCUACUUUCAUCUGCACUCAAGAUGCAGUCAAGGAAAUGAACUAAAGGCUGGCAUUUGGUAAAAAGAAGCAACACAUCUGAAUUUCACCUCUUCCUAAGCUACCAUUGAAUGUGUACAUAAUUAUCAGAUACACGUGUGUGUGUGUGUCUAAAAGACAGUAAAAAUUAUUUUUACAAAAGCACUAAAAUGUAUUACUCAUCUGAAAUCAUUCAUAAUAAUUAU